UCGCUUUGUUGGUGUUGCUGAUGUUGUCUCCCUUAGAGGUCUACGGUGGGAAGAAUCAGGCGAUGGCAAAUCCGUGAAGGUCUUGAGUCUCGAGCAACUGGGCCAGGAAGAGGGCAAGCUCGCACAGGAGCUAAAGUGUGCGCGAGAAGUGCUUGUGGAGCUCUUGAGUGAGCACGACGAAAUUAUGGUGGAAAAGUUUCUAGAAUGCGAGGAGAACCAUCUUGCAGUAGCUCCUCUCGAUAUUAUCGGUUCUCUUCGGAGAUGUCUCUUGCAGCAAGGAAAUAAAAUCAUACCCGUGUUUGCCGGUGCCAGCUUCCGCAACAUGGGUGUACAGCCACUCCUUGACGCAGUUGUGAAUCUACUCCCAAGCCCCCUUGAAACUGCGGACCCGGAGGUGAGCAUUGGGGGUGUGAAGGGGUCCCUUCGCGGUCUACUUUCGGGGGACCUACUGGUCGAACAGAGCAAAAAGGCUUCUGUCAAAAGCAAGCAAAAGAAGAGGUCCUCGGCGCAUGCAGAAACUGGAAACGUUAUAGAGAAACUCCUUGGAUGUGGCUUGGCCUUCAAAGUCGUCAACGACGCUAAACGGGGUAUCUUGGUCUACGUCCGCGUUUAUUCGGGAUCCCUAGAUCGGAAUUGUCUUCUAUUCAACACCAAUCUUCACGUCUCGGAGCGUGCACCCCGUCUGCUGAAGAUGUAUGCUAAUGAUGCUGUCGAAGUGGACUCGAUCCCCGCUGGACACAUCGGGGUGGUCGCAGGUCUCAAGCACGCUCGAACAGGCGAUACCUUGAUCUCUUAUGCCGGCAAUAGGGCCAGGCCACCGGAGCCGCUGGACACCCUCCAGCUUCGUCCUAUUGACGUGCCUCCUCCGGUCUUCUUUGCAAGCGUUGAACCGCAUAGUCUAAGCGAGGAGAAAAAGCUACAGGAAUCGCUAGCAUUGUUACUGCGAGAAGACCCCAGUCUCCACGUCGCUGUUGAUGAGGACUCGGGUCAGAUACUAUUGAGUGGAAUGGGUGAGCUCCAUCUGGAGAUUGCUCGAGACCGACUCCUUAACGAUCUCAAGGCUAAGGCGUCCAUGGGCCCUAUAGAGAUUGGGUACCGGGAAUCCGUCCUUGGCCAGUCCGAGCAUGUAACCAAGAUCAUUGACAGGGAGGUAGCUGGACGGAAGAGCAAAGCGGGCUGUACAGCCGUUGUUGAGCCAUUCGAUCCUUCGACCGCCACAUUCGAAGAUAAUGAUUCGACCAUUCCUCAAGACGCACUCUUGGUCGAAAAUCAUGACGGCAACCAGAUCAUCGUGCUUGCUCCAGGUCUCGAAAUUACGAGUAACAGGAAAGGCGAUGAAGAAAGCCAGUUUCUUCCCCCUACCUUGGACCUUGACACUGUCCGGACCUCCCUUCUAAACGGCUGUGUGGCUGCUUUGGCACGGGGCCCCCAGUUCACUUUCCCCAUGCACAACACACGAGUCACCCUCACCUUCGACCCUUCACAACAUAUCUUUGGAAAUGAAACGAACUCGUCUGCCUUAGCAGCCGCGGCACGUCUCGCUACCGUCUCUGCACUCAAAGAUCUUUGCAAGCCAGGCGGACCAGGAACAUCUUUAAUGGAACCUGUCAUGAAUGUCGUAAUCAGCGUCGACGAGCACAGCCUCGGUGCUGUAGUUCAUGACAUUUCCUCCUCUCGAGGCGGCCAUAUCAUCUCUCUCGAUGAAGAUCAUGUCUUCUCCUCCCAACCACAGGAAGAGGAGGUCUCCAUUGACCCUUCCAAGAUUUACGCCCCUCCCGACCCCUUCGGAACACCGUCGUCUGGCGCAGCUGUUUCCGCCACGACGUCCACUAACCAGGCACGGACGAUUACAGCCAAGGUGCCACUGAAGGAGAUGGUGGGGUACCUGAAGCAUUUGAGGAGUUUGACGGCAGGUCGGGGGACAUUUGUUAUGAGUAUCGAUCGGUACGAGAAUAUGAGUGGGCAGAGGCAGAAGGCCAUUCUUGGGGAACUGAGGGGGCUGUAUCUGUAGUCGCACUCUUGACCAUGUAUUAUACACUAGUAUCUAUUCACGUGUACAAAUAUGAGGGCACUGAGCAAUAAGC